AUCUGGCAGGUUACCUUGUCAAAUAAGACACUUUUAUUCACUUCCGCCAGCUGGUCACACUGCACUGCACUGAAAAUAUGAGAAAAAGUGUAAAAAUAACAAAACAAACGUGCAAUAAAAGGUGAAAAAAGCAACGCGCAGUUGCGGGCAAAUCGGCGAUAAUCGUGCGACAAAACUUUGCAAAAUCGGCGAGCAAAGAGCUCGCGAAAAAAACGUAGACAGCGGACAGCAGAGCGACGAAUGAAGAUGAUGAGCGAAGAAGAAGAAGUAUGGCAGCAGCAGCAGCAGCAGCUAGAGCAGCAAUAAUAAGUGUUCUGUGCGCGAGUGCAACGAAAAUAACACACAAAUAACAGACGGCGAUAAAAAAACCAAAAAAAAAAAACGCGAAAUAGGCACAGGCACAAAAUCCAAAAAAAAUAGAUUGCUGCGAAGUGAGUGUGCACAACUGCGCCCCCGCUCCGCUCCGGUCCCCUCCGCCGCCGCCACCACCCCAACAUCUUUACCUCCCCGUGCGCGCGUGUGUGUGUGUGUGUGUGAGAGCUCCCCAUUUGGAUUCGCAUCUGUGUGCGUGUGUGUAUGUGAAAAACAAAAGCCAAAUCGGAGCAGCAGCCGCAGCCGAAGAAGAAUAUAUAGAAUCAAGGAAAUGCAAUAUAAAAACAGCCGCCGUUGCUGCGUGCUGUAAUCCCAAAUUCCCCCCAAUUGGACAGAAAUCGGAAGGAGGCAGGCCACCGACCAAUCUACACAAAUACCAUCGCACUUUUCCGCUCCGUUCUGCCGUGAAAAGAGGUCAAAGGCGCAACAAAAGUUUUUCAUGCGGUAACCACGACAAAAAAACAACAAAAAAAUAAGAAAAAUACAGAAUACAAAAAAUAAAAAAAAGUGCCAACCAGCUGAGAGCGCAAAAAAAAAACAACGUCGCAGUUCUGCGUUAAAACAAUAAAAAAAAAAAAUAAUAAUAAAAUAAAAUAGCCGCCAGUGUGUGCGUACGCGUGCGAGUGUAUGCGUGUGUGUGUGUGUAAGUGCGAGCGAGAAAGCAAGAAGAAAACAAUUUUUGCCAACAAACUCAAAUCAGAUGCCGAUUUUGGGAUUUAAUCACACCAAAAAGCAACAAAAACAACAGCAGCCGACUCAGAAACAACUCAAAAUCAAAUCUGGUUUUAUCAGGCGACGUUGACAGAAGAAGAAGAAGAAGAAGAUUUAAAAAAAAGCGCGCGGAAAGACACAAAAGGCAAUAACAAUAAUAAAAUACAACAAAAUAUAUGAAAAUACAAAAAAAAAACCGCCAAAAAUUAAAUUCUUCUAUAUGAGAUUUUAAUCAAGCAAAAACAAAAACAACACAAACAAUACAAAUUUGCAUAGCCAGAAAGAGAGGACGAGGAAGAGAGAGAGAGAGCGCAGCAGCUCAAAAAUCCAAUUGGAGUUUGCCGCGCAACAGAGACAGAGAGAGAGAGAGGAGAGGCAGAGAGAGCAACGGAAUUUUUGUUGUCCGAGCCCGCGCUUGAAAUACCAACCUCCUUCAAAAUGGCCAAUCCGCGCAAGUUCAGCGAAAAGAUCGCCCUGCAGAAGCAGAAGCAGGCCGAGGGCACGGCGGAGUUCGAACGGAUCAUGAAGGAGGUCUAUGCCACGAAACGGGACGAACCGCCGGCCAAUCAAAAGAUUCUGGAGUGCCUGGGCAACCAGGAGGGCAGCCAAUCCUCGCCAGGAACGGCCGGGAAUGGCGGAAGUGGCGGCAGUGGCACAGGCAGUGGAGCAAGCGGCGGUGGAGCCUCGCCGGAUGGCUUGGCUGGCGGCGGAGGCGGCUCACCGACGGCGUAUCGCGAGUCGCGGGGGCGCAGUGUGGGCGUGGGCCCGAUGCGACGACCCUCGGAGCGAAAGCAGGACCGGUCACCGUACGGCAGCAGCUCCACAACGCAGCAGACUUUGGACAACGGCCAGCCCAAUCCGCAUCUCCUGGGCCCGCCCACGUCGGAUAGUUUGUGGCGUCGCUCCAACUCCGAUUCGGCCCUGCACCAAAGCCUGAAUAUGGCAGUGGCGGCGGAAGCAUCUGGCGGAUUCUCCACGGAUCUCAACUCUCUGCACGCCAACUACCAACAGCAGCAGCAGCAGCAACAGCAACAUCAGCCGGUCCAGCAACGAUCUCACUCGCCGCAUCAUGCGAUAGGCAGGAGUUUCAGUCCGCAGGCUCAGCGCCGGAAGUCGCCGAUGCUGCAGCCGCACCAGCUUCAGUUGCAACAGCUCCAGCAGCAGCAACAACAGAUGCAGCAGCAGCACCAACUGAUGCAGUUGCAGCAACAGCAACAGCACCAACAACAGCAUCAGCAGCAGCAACACCAGCAGUUGCAACACCAGCAACAGCAACAACAGCAGCAACAGACCACGCCAUAUAACGCCAAAUUCCCGAACUCACUGUUCCGGCCGCUACAGGAUCAGGCCAACUACGCCAACACCGGCUCCCUGCCAGAUCUCACAGCACUUCAGAACUACGCACCCCAGCCGCAGCCGCAGCAGCAGCAGCAGACGCUGCAACAGCAACAGCAGCAGCAGUUGCAACAAACCCUAUCGCCGGUCAUGUCGCCGCACAAUCAUCGGCGGGAAAGGGAUCAGUCGCCGAGUCCAUUUAGUCCAGCGGGUGGAGGAGGAGGUGGAGCGGGUCCUGGGUCUCCAUAUCACCAGCAGCAGCCCUCGCCCACCAGCAACGCGCAACAACAACAGCAGCAACAACAACCGAGCAGCUCGCCACACCUGUCCUUCACCAAUCUGGCCACAACGCAAGCGGCCGCGGGAUCGGGCACCUUCAAUCCCCUGCCGACGCUGGGGCCGCACAAUGCCACCGAUUACCGCCAGCCACCGAAUCCGCCUAGUCCGCGCUCCUCGCCCGGCCUCCUGAGCAGCGUCUCGGCCACGGAUCUGCACUCGAGUGCGCCGGCCAGUCCGAUCCGCCACCAGCAACAGCAGCAGCAGCAGCAACAAGUGCCACAGCAGCAGCAGUUCGAUACCUCGUACAACAGUCUGAAUACCUCGUUUCACAGUCAGUUCGAGAUCUUCUCGCUCGGCGACAGCAAUUCAUCGCCGGAGCAGCAGGGAUUCGCCAACUUUGUGGACUUUGAUGACUUGAGCGGCGGAGGCAGCGGUGGCGGCAGUGGAGGAGGAGGCGGCGGUGGCGGUGGCAACUCCGGAAGCGGAGGCAGCAAUGGAGGUGGUCCACUGACCAAUGGCUACAACAAGGAGAUGCUGGACUUUAGCGAGCUGAGCGGCAGCCCCGAGGCGAGUGGGAACAACAACCACCUGCGGAGGGCGGGAGUCAACAACCUGAACAACAACGGGCUGAGCAAUGGAGUCGGUUCGACGCACAACGGAAGCACAAAUCUUAACGGAGCGGGGAACAAUAAUAGCAGUAGUAAUGCGGGAGAUCCUUUGGGGAUAGCUGCAUCGCCAGUUCCGUCACCGCUCGGAUGUCCCAGCUCUCCGCUUCCAAUACCCAUGUCGGCACAGGCCUCGCCGCAGCAGCAACACCACCACCACCACCAUCACAACCAACAUCAGCAACAGCAGCAGCAGCAACAGCACCUGCAACAGCAACAACUGUCGCUAUCGCUGCACCACUCUCCGCACCACUCGCCGAUGCAUUCGCCGCAUCAUGGAAAUUCCCCGCUGUCGAGCAGUUCACCCUGCUCCAACUCCAAUGUGCUGCUGAAUCACCACCAACAGCAACAGCAGCAACAGCAGCAGCAGCAUCACCACCAGCCACAUCACCACCAAGGAGCGUCGCAAAGUCAUACGCCCACGACAGCGAAUAUACCUUCGAUUAUAUUCAGUGAUUACUCCUCCAAUGCGGACUUCUCGAGGGAGAUCUUCGACACCCUGGACCUGGAUCUGGGCCAAAUGGACGUGGCCGGAUUGCAGAUGCUGUCGGACCAGAAUCCCAUCAUGAUCGCCGAUCCGAACAUCGAGGACAGUUUUCGGCGCGACCUCAACUGAUACUAUGAGGAGGCUGUUGCGGCCAUCGAAAGCGGAGUGCUGCUGGAGGAUACCUACCAGGCGCUGCUGGGAUCCGGAUCGGAGCAGGACGAGCUGGCAGCAACAGUUGAGGAUGCAGCCGAGACCGCAGCAGCCGUAGCUUUGGCAGCCGAAGCAGCAGCAUCAGCAGUUAGCGAAAAGGAUAAAAAGGAGCUGGAGGUGGUGGAGCUGCUGGUGCCUGGGGUGAUGGAUGACCUGGUGGACUCCAGCGACCUGGAUGAGGAGGUGCGCAACUUCUUCUUUUAGGCCGUUUUCGUUAGCCAUUUUUCGUUAGUUUUUAACCGUUUUCGUCCGUGCUUUCGUAGCUAGUUCUUAAAAAGAAAAAACUUAAAAAGAAAAAUGAAAUUUAGAAAAAAAAUCAAGCAUCAUUAACCCCUAAGUGUACUUCAGUGUCUUUUUACACCCUCUUUCCUCUUAAAAAAAAAAAAAAACAAAAAUGAAAAACCAAGAAAAUCCCUUGCCCCUUGCGAGAGUCUCAGAUUUUACUUAACUACGCACAUAAGUCACUCUACAAUUUAAACACCUUAUUUCUGUAUAUAAAAAAGGAUAUGAAAGAGAAAGGAUACCGAAAGGCAAGUAAGCGGAUUGAAACCAAAAAGUGUCUUAGACCAACGACCAAAAUUAUAUUCUCUAUGCAAGAAAAAAAGAAAUAUCUGUUAUCUCUAGCUAAUUCAGAUUUAAAUCUAUAUACCCUAUAUGUCCUAGACACCCAACCAUAUUUCGAUUCGUUUGUUCCAGAUCCCGAAAGAUACAUAGAUAGCUAAUUAUUCAGAUACCCAGAUCUACUAACAUAAUCCCAAUGUGCCGUCGAAGCAAUUACUAGAAUUUUAAGAUGACGAUAUCGAAACCGAUCCCCUCACUUUUCGAAUAAAAGCGAUAGAUAGAUAUGUACAUUCGAGAGAUCCUUUUUUUCAUAAAUUCAGUAUCACAAACGAGUAUCUAACCAUACAUCUACAUAUAUAGCUGAUAGUCCAGGCACAAGUCGACAAAUUUUUACGAAAACCAUCAAGAAUCAAAAUCGAACUCAAAACAAGCAAAACUCAAGAACUAAAGGAUUUUUUUUUUUUUAAAUCUUUAACAUUAUAGUAGAUAGGGUUUUCCAACAAAGAAAAAAAAACAAAAAAACUUAACUUUCCAAGCAUGGAAUUACGACUAUACCACAAUCUACAAUAUCCCCGAUUUUCGAAAUCAUUUAAUUGCAAACUACAUAAAUAAUUACAAAUAUUUAAGAGUCAAAUCAAAGAAAGCUUUAUGGCCUGCAACCACAAUAAAGAGAUCCUGAAAUCUAAAUAUAUAAUAUAUACUGUUUAUAAAUAAUACGAAUUAAUUCGAGUCUUAAUUCUACUUAAUAAUUGUAACAAAAAAAAUUGCAAAACAAAAAAAAACUUACAAAAAAAAAGCUUCAAAAGUGCAAAGUAAACAAUUUUUGUUAUUUUAUUCGAGUACCAGAAAUUCUAUAAAUAUACACAACUAUCCGUAAUAUUGGUAUAUAUAUUAGUGAGAUAAUGUCUUUGCUAAUCCACAGCCCCCAACAAAUAGAUAUCCUUUUUUUAAUUAUCGAUGUAAACUCUAGUUAUAAACUAAACUUAAAUGAGACGAGGUAUAAACAAAAAAAAAAAAACGAAAAAAUAAGCGACACAAAAAGCGAAGAAAAAGAAUUAAAACACACAUUUAAAUUUUAAAUGUAAUUAAUGAUGUAAUUUAUGUGGGAAAUGCGCGCGCAAAAAAAAAUUAAGAUUGAUAACAUAUUUGUUUUUUGCUGUUAUGUGUUGGAAGUAAACACGUAAUUAAAAACAUAAUAAUACUAGAUAAGUCAGAGAGAAAUGCUAAUUAUAAAUUAUACUAUUAAAUUAAAUUAAUUGUGUAUGUAAUAUAUAAUUACAUUUAUAAAGUUUAAUGUGAGAAACGACGGUACAUCAACACCGGAUACCCGGAUACCGGAGAUCGGAGACCGUAGACCCGAGAAAAAAAAUAAGCCAUAAGAUUAUAUUCAAUGUAAUAACACAGUUAUUUGUUUCAAAUAAAUCUUAAAUUUGAUUUUAAAGUCCAGAAAAAAAAAACAAAAGAAUUUAUUUUUUUAAAGUGUCAUCAUCCAACAGGUGGUUACUCCAAAAUACCCCGAUUACGUGGGUGGGCGAGUGCAUAGCUGGGUGUGUGCGCGAAUAAUUGCACGUAUAAUUAUGUAAAUUUAUUUAAAAAUGAAAAAACAAAAAAAAAAAAUAGAAUAAAAAUAUUUAUAAAUUGAUCGUUUGGCUCUCAGUUUCUAGUCGCUCUCUCUCCGCAAAAACCUCUAAUUGUGUUUGUGUAGUUUUGUGUCUUUGUUAAUAAGCGCGACGCAGUUCGAUGUGUGCUGCGCUAAAUUUAGUAUUCAAAGUUCAAUGCGGCUAAAUUGAAUAACUGGAAUGGACACGGACACUCGACAAUAUCGAAGAAAUCUAUAACUGCCGCCACCCUUUUCUGUGCCCCUCCGUAGUCCGGACCAGCUUGGUACAUAUUUGAACAUGUGCGCCAAACACCACCGAAAUGCAAUUUCUACUUUAUUUCUUCCAACGAGGAAAUGUUAAAAACGAUUCGUGAGGAAAUCAUUAAGAAUGGGUCAUCAAAAAACGUGCCCCGCCCCCCGGAUUCCGCGGAUGCAUCGGCUCCAGAAGUGGCCAAAAAGAGGCAAGAAGUGGCCAAAAAGAGGCCAGAAGUUUCGCCGGAGAGGAUCGCGGUAACUCCUCGGAGGUCGCCCAGUCCCCUUGGAGAAUUAAGUAAUGUAAUGAGUCCUUUGCCGAAUCUUCCGAGCCCCCCCCGUGCAGUGGAGGAUAAUUUAAUUAAUUUAUCGGCCACGCCUCCUCGCAAAAGAAGGAGGUUCCACCCCACAAUUUUUUGGAAGCCGGAAUCGCACAAGGACGGCAGUGGUCGAGAGUGGACCACAUUAAAAUAUCAAUGCGAAAUUUGUUUUAAAAUUUGCCAAAAACCGAAGGCAUAUGAGAACCACAUAAUGUUGUGCAAAAAUGAUUGCAAAACAGUGGCUUGCAAGUGGUGGCCCUAUGUCCAAAAGUCCUCCAAUUUGGGAAAUCACUGGAAGAGGUGCAUAGGGGGGAAAAAAUUGUAUAUCCCCAUUGGGGAACAAUUGAAGCAGCGGAAAAUGUGGUCCGAAAUGAAGGACACGUCGGGAUCGAAAUCGCAAGUGGAAAGUGUGGCCUGUAUACAUUUUAAUUUAUUUCUUUUAUCAACAGAUGAAGACUUUUGAAAAAAUAUUGCCCACGGAGAAGUUACUUCCUUUCGUGUUUUAUUUUACCUCUCGCUGAAAACCCGAUCCAGCUUUCACAUAAUCCUGCCCAGCUUCGACAUUAAUCUUGUCCAAGCUUCGACAUAAUCUUGUCCAGCUUACAACAACUAUUUUACAGAAUUUCCCUGGUUAUUAUUAUCUGCAUAUACAUACAUAUAUUAUCUGUACAUAUAUAUAUAUAUAUAUAUAUAUAUUUUGAUUUUCGUUUUAGUGUUGAAAAUUUCUCAAAUUAAGCUGUUGAAAGUGUUGAAAAAUAAAUUUUUUUUCAAUUUUUUUAUUUCAAUUUUUUACAAUUAAUUUGUGUUACCAUUUAAACAAGCGCCAGCAAGAGAAUUGCUACAAUUUGUUGCAUUAUUUUGGCUAAAUUCUAAUAAUUACUCCAAGUCCACGUCGUGUUUACAAUUUUCUUAGGCUAGUGAUGGGAGUAUUGACCCGGCUGUUGCGAUAGUCGCUACAUACCAAAGGCACCCUGUACUUAGCCGAAACGAAAAAGAGCAACGAUAAAGGAUAUUAUAUCUUUGCUACCUGCGGGAGAAAGGUCAAAUAAACGUAUUUAAGAGUAAGGACACAAAAGCAUGAGUAUUUUUAAAAUUGAAGCCACGUUCGUGCUUUCGAUAUUUAGGCAAUCCUUACCCGAUUGCAGCACUACGUUUAUCGAUAUAUUGAUAGUUUUGGUAUAUUAUCAACAACCCUAAUACUUUCAACGUCCCUAGUUUUUUUUUGUUUUGCUUCGCUCGCGGUGAAAAAUUAAAGUAAUUAUUAAACCACACUCCAACUGCCAACUGCAUACGAGUCAACGAAUCGCGUCGCCGAAAAACCAAACAGUAUUACCUGUGCGAGUGUUUGGCAACAGCACCAAAUUUGUGUGGCAAAUCAAUAAACCGUGAGAGCGCUGCGCAAAAGAGAAAACCAAGAAAUCGACCAACGCAUAGGAGAAGAAAAAAAAACAAGGGAAUGCUUAUUUCAGAUCCUGUUGGUACGCAAGUAAUCCUCCUCCUCGUCGUCGUCGGCAUCCUCUACCACACUGUAGGAGCUCUUGCCACCGCCUUCCUUGGCCAAAUGCGUUUCAAAGAACUCCUCCACCGUGUCCGUGUUCCAUUUGGUAAUGGACAGCGUCUCCUGGACCUUACCACUAGCAUCUAGCAGCUUAACCACAGGAUCCAGGCCUCGCACGUACUUGAUCUGCAGGUUGGGGAACUUGGAGGGUCGGCCGCUCUGGAUGAAGGCCUGGAUCUGGGGGUAGGCGCGGAACUUGCAGGUGCAGACCUCCAAAAUAGCCUUGGCAUAGGUCCUCUGCGCUGCUGGCUGCUGAUCCAAAGUGCAGCACUGUUUGCAAUGGGGCCUAAGAACACAAUAUAAGUAUUGAGCAAAUGAAUAAAAAUAAAGAGACCUACUUGAUCGCCUCCAA